CUGAACUCCCCACAACUCGCCAGGAGCAGCGUGAGGUGUUGACAGCGGCAAGGCGAGAGAAGCUGCGUACUGAGCCACAAUAGGCACGCUAGGCAGACUGUAGGCACGGGCAGGCUGGUGUGAGGGCUUGGAGUUGCCUGCCUUUGUACCUGUGUGUCACCUGCUCCCGCGCACACAAAUUAAAAGCAACAUGUUUCUGGUGGUGGAAUUCUGCCAGUCUCAGGAAGUGGUGGUCAUCCCUGAGUUGUGGACCAGCAGACGGCGGAGCAGCACACUCUGGCCGCCCUACCAGUCCGCCGUGCAGCUCAACGAAGCCAUCCGCUCCCAGGAGGCCCCCAGCAAGGAGUGGGUCAGCCAUGCCAUCCGAACCAUCCACACAGCAGACUCUUACAGCAAGGCACGGCGCAAAAUGAUCCAAAUUGGGCGGCAGUGGACCGGCGGUAACAGCUUUGUGGCAGUGCGGCGCUCAGAGAGACUCAAGAGGGCAGCAAGCCAGCACAGUGAGGCACAGGAGGGCCAUCCGGCACCCAAGCGGAGGAGGACCAGUAACACACAAGCUGCCAGUGAUGCUCCAACAGAUGGCACAGCACACAGGGAGCCCCCACCACCACCACAGCCUGCACGAAAAAGCCUGAGAGUGCGCCGACCCCCACCACAGGCACCACCACAACAACAACAAACAAGAAGGUCGCGCCGCACACACCCACCAUCGUUGUCCUCACGCAGGUCACAGCAUCCACGGCCCCGCCCCUCGCCGCCAACCUCCCGCGGACUGGUGCUUGUCCUGGCCAGGCUUCACAAGUCUUUGAGUGAGUGUGUGGAUAUAUUUAUUGCCCUGGACAAACAAAUCCGCUAUCUCAAUGUAGUCCUACGCCUGCUCAACGCCCUCAAGAAGUACGUGAUGCUGCAGGAAAUUCUCGCCAAGUUGCCGGAUAUUUUGGACGGGAUAAUGGAAAGGGUGUCGUUGUCGGACCAGGUUCCCUACAUGGAAAGGAUCCCAGAACUUGUGGUGCGAGAGAUCAUCUGGUUUGUGCAGAGAGAGGCCGAGGUGGACAGCGAGGAUGAGGAAGAGGAGCCCAGUGUCCCCAGGGAGGAGUAAUGUGUGUGAGGUGUGUGGUGGACUUGCAGCAGUGAAAUGAAGGCCAGGCAAGUUGUGGUACAGUAAAUACCUCGACAUUGUGUAAGGCUAAGGCAAUGUGUAGUCAUAUUGUCACCAGUGAAGUAAGGAGUUUUUCUAUUUUGGCAGAGCAUCAGUGUCUCGUGUUGUUGUUCUGUGGAGACGUUUGCGUCAUGAACAGAUGGGAGUUAUGAUAGACGUGCAUUGUGUGUGUGUGCAGGUGGUGUGGUAUUUAUUUAAGUUGUGCUAAGUGGUGCAGUAUUUAAGUAAAAUACAUUGCUGUAAAUAGCCAUGAGGGAAAUGUAGUGGUGAGAAAACACAGGCUUAAGAUCACUCAUUUUCUUGUAGUGGUGAGAAAACACAGGCUUAAAGAUCACUCAUUUUCUUUUUCUCCCUUGCGUGUUGAGCUAUUAACUUCAGAAAUUGGUGCAUUAUUGUAGUAGAUGAGCAUAAUUUAGUGACGUAAAAACAAAGCAUUAAUUUCUUCUUGUAUUUCACCUAUUAACCUCUAAGUGUCUCACAACAGUGGCCAUACAAACACAGAGAUAAUAAUAAACUGCUUCUGCUUAAUCCUGUGUUCCUUCAUCAGAAUCUACUUAAUAUUGUAAGUCCUGCAUAAGUUACAGCCGUUACUGAGUGUGGCCUGAAUUUUAUACAUUGCUUGUGUUGCUUAUGAUGUUUAUUUAUUUGUAUAGUUGACCACAUUUUUCACCUUUGGAGAAAAUUAUUAUUAUUAUUAUUUUUUUUUAUUUGGGUUUACAUGGUGGAUACUUUAAAUAAUAGAUCUGUAACAUUCCUUAGAGGCAGAAUUGUGUUGGGGGCCUAAAAAAACAUUCCUCUUAAAAGCAGCUGUUUUGGGAGCCAGUACUCUUGUGUGGUGAAUAGAAAAACAUUCCUCUUAAGCGACAUUAUUUUUGUUGUUGGUACUGUUAAAUGGCUGGUCUACUUAUUGUUUUCCUUCACUGCUCUACUUGUUAUUUUCCUUCCCACUAGUGUGAUUGCUUUCAUACACAGUGGGUAAAUGUCAAACCACACACUGUUGCUUGUGCUGGAACAGACUAAGGGAUUGUACUUAAAUAUGCACCACUGUGUACAGCAAAAUACUUUAAUGUACAGCCAAUCUCUUCAAAUUAGAACAACUGGCAAUGACCCACUGAAAUACACUGCUGAUAUAAUACAAGAAGUAAGCAUUCUUUCACAUUAAUCACAAUUGUACAUUAAAAAAAGUGUUGCCUUAGACAUUACUAUCAUCGUUGAGGUAUUUCCUUCACCGACUGUCAACUUUAACAAUGGCAAAACAUCCCUGGCCAAGAUGUAAUGAAUAACUCCUACGUUCAGAGGAAGACAAGCCACCAAGAAGUGUUACGUCACCGCCAUAACACAACGCUGCAGCUGCCUCAUGUGUUCCCAUUUGUACCCCGUCAGUCAGUCAUGGUAGACAGACUUGAGCCAUCGCCUUCACUUGGUCCCUCACCGGUGCUGUUCGGUCAAUUUCUUUAUCACAAUUGGUGUUUUUUAAGUUGUGGUUUGGAUUGAGAAAUGUUUGUGAAUUGUAUGAUAAGUAAAAUGAAAACUAUUUAUCUGGGAAUGCCAGAUUGAUUUAUUUUGAUGUUGAAUUGUAUGACUAGCAAAAAGAAAACAUUCUUGUACUGGAAAUACUGGAAUGAAGCUGUAAUUUGAAGGCAGUGUUGACUUGUCCAGCACCGGUGUGGGGUCCCAAGAGUGGAGGAAAACAUUUACUUUAAGAACAAAGCUGCUAUCCCAUCCACUACUUAGGCCACAGAGGAGACGAGGGGCCACACACUGCAUGCUACAACCCCAAAGAGUGCCCUGGGGUGUCCUGCCACUCCCCAGGACGGCUGUGUUUCAUGUACUGCGUCAGAAUAUAAAUGGUGAAUUCAAGAUGAACCUUUACUUUAUUUACUCAAUGUUACUUUGUGAUAUAAUCUAGUAAUAAAUAAAAAUUUCGUAAGCAA